GUUGCGCCUGCGCGCUGCGUCGACCAGACGCCUCGGCUUCCGCGCCAGGAUACCCGGCUAGGGUUCCCUGGCGGGAUGGUGCCGCAGUGCCAGGUGGAAGUGUUGUAUUUUGCAGAAAGUGCUGAAAUAACAGGAAUUCGCUCAGAGACCAUUUCUGUGCCACAAGAAAUAAAAGCAUUGCAGCUGUGGAAUGAGAUAGAAACGCGCCAUCCUGGAUUGGCUGAUGUCAGAAAUCAGGUGAUAUUUGCUGUUCGUCAAGAAUAUGUCGAGCUUGGAGAUAGGCUCCUCCUGCUUCAAUCAGGAGACGAAAUUGCCAUUAUCCCCCCAAUUAGUGGAGGAUAGUGCUUUUGAGCCACCUGGGGAAGAUAUAAAUGAAGUUGAAGAGAAAUCGAAAGAUAUAAUAAAAUUCACAUCUGAGCAACUUUCAGUAGAUGAAGUCUCACAGCUGGUGAUUUCUCCACUCUGUGGUGCAAUAUCCCUAUUUGUAGGAACUACAAGGAAUAACUUCGAAGGGAAAAAAGUCAUUAGCUUAGAGUAUGAAGCAUAUCUACCAAUGGCAGAAAAUGAAGUCAGAAAAAUUUGUAGUGACAUUAGGCAGAAAUGGCCAGUCAAACACAUAGCAGUGUUCCAUCGGCUUGGCUUAGUUCCAGUGUCAGAAGCAAGCAUUAUCAUUGCUGUGUCCUCAGCCCAUAGGACUGCAUGCCUCGAAGCUGUGAGCUAUGCCAUUGAUACUUUAAAAGCCAAGGUGCCCAUAUGGAAAAAGGAAAUGUAUGAAGAAUCAUCAUCAUCUUGGAAAAGAAACAAAGAAUGCUUUUGGGCAACCGAUGAUUAAACCACUUAGGUUUUUAGAGUCUUAAAAUUUAAACUUGGUAAAUUCUUAUCUUUGAUCAUGUUUUGAUUUUUCUUCUCCAGGAGAUAGUUUACUGAACAUAAACUCUUACGUUACACCAGAGGAACAAGAGAG